AUGACCGGGCGACCUCAGGGCAAUUUUCGCUGUGGCGAGCAGCUCCAGGACGGCAGUGUCUGCGGCGAGGUGUUCACCAGGGCCGGCAACCUGCAGCGGCACCUGCGCGUGCAGCACCAGGCCGAUGUGCCCGUACGGUUCAGGUUCGUGCGCAUGGUCCCAGACGGCGAGGGCGACCUCCGCGAGGAGCAGGACGAUUCGUGCCACGAGGCACCGGCCAGCCUGCCCGCGCACGGUUGCGUCGACCUGGCUACGACUGUCCGCGAGUGGAGGGCCGCCGCGGACUCGAUAGCCCGUCAUGCGGAGUCGAUUGCGACUUGUUCUUCCACCAUCGCCAGUGUGGUGGCUGCCAGUGGUACCACUGUUGGUGGCGCGCCUAAGCGAAAGCGACAGCAGUCCGCCGAUGAAGAUGCGGAUGACGGUGCCCUUCCCGUGAGCAGGGACAGGGGGUUCAGAUUCGGCAGGGCGGCCUACCGCAGCCCCAUACCCCAGUACCCGGUCAAGCAGUCUCGUGCCAGCCCGUCGCAGCAGUGUGCUCUCAGCUGGCUCUCGAGUAGGACCAAGGCGAGGGUGGACAAGAGUGUCAGCCAGCUUAUGCGCUGCUGGGGUGUGGGUGUCGAGUACGAGGCAUCGUGUGUCCUUGUCCCGGCCAAGUGGAAGAUGCGAAAUCCAGCGCAGGUCUUGGCCCAGGUUAGCUUCGAGGAGUGCAGGACUCUGGAGUCGGACCGGCUGGAGCUCAAGGCCGAUGACCACCAGACGACCUUUGCGCGCGCGGUGGCGUGGUUUAACGACUGGGGCAGCCCAAAGAGGGGCAUCGAUCUGGACAACUUUCUCGAGUCCGGGCCGUUCCGGCGCAUGGACGGGAGCCACUUGUGUCACCACGCUCUUUGCAUAAACCCCAACCACCUUCGGUACGAGCCGGCGUCCGUCAACCAGGCGCGCAUGGUCUGCCUGGACGAGGCGCGGCAGAUAAGGAGGAACAACCAGGGUGUCCCCUGGGGCUGCUCCCUGCACACCCCACCUUGCAUGUUGCAGCUGGCCGUCCUGACGACCUUCGAGGCCAUCCAGAUCCAGCGCUCCGUGUUCUACCGCGGCGCUGAGGAGCUGCAUGAGCCACGCCCACGGCAGCACCGGUUCCCAACCUUUGAGACGCGCCUGCCGCUCUCGUACGCGGCCCCUGGUGCCCAAGCGGGUGCGGAUCCAGGCGCCGUGGAUGGUGUUGUAGCCGGUGGAGGCCCCGGGAGGCUGCCGAAGCCUGAUCUGUGCUGCCCGUUUUGUACGUCUGCCAGGAUGGCAUUCAACAGCGUCGUCGGCCUCUGGGCCCACAUCGUGCAGGUACACAAAGGGGAGGGUGACGCAGAGCGCGCUGCCGCCGUGCGCUCCUCCGCCGGAGAGUGGCAGAAGUACUGGCUGGCGAGGGGGUCAUUGCCACCGGCGAGCUCGCCGACGGUGUUGAAGGUGACCCAGGCGCUGGGGCCCGCAUUCUCAUGGGCUGACGUGGAGUCCUGGGGUCUACGGCCCUAG